AUGGCACCGAGCAAGCUCCGCAAGGCGCUGGGAGCGGUCAAGGACAAGACCAGCAUCGGUCUGGCCAAGGUGGGCGGCGGCAGCGGUUUCGCGUCGCCGGAGCUCGAAGUGGCCAUCGUCAAGGCCACCAAGCACGAUGAGAACUUCCCCGCCGACGAGCGCCACAUCCGCGAGAUCGUCUCGCUCACGCGCCACUCCCGCGGGUCCGCCAGCGCCUGCGUGGCCGCGCUGUCGCGCCGUCUCGGGCGCACCCGGAGUUGGGACGUGGCGCUCAAGACGCUGGUGAUCGUGCACCGCCUCCUCGCCGAAGGCGAUCCGGUGUUCGAGCAGGAGCUAUUCUACGCCACGCGGCGGGGCACGCGCAUGCUCAACAUGUCCGACUUCUGCGGCCGCGCUAGCGACGACGACGCGUGGGACUACUCCGCGUUCGUCCGCACCUACGCCGCUUACCUCGACGACCGCCUCGAGCACCGGAUACAGGCCAGGCAGGGCGGCCCCAACCGCUGCAAGCUGCUCCGCGACGAGCUCUACAUGUCCCCCGGAGACCGCCUCAGCCGCGAGGGUGUUGACGGGAGUAAACGGGAGGAUGCGGCGGCGGACGCCGACGCCGCCAAGGCGGGGGCGAUCGCGCCGAGGGAGACACCGACGAGCGAGAUGACGCUGGAGCAGCUCCUCGCCAAGGUCCAGCAACUGCAGCAUCUCCUCGACCGAUUCAUCGCCUGCCGACCCGUAGGCGCGGCGAAGACGAACCGGGUGGUGUCCGUGUCUCUGUACCCGCUGGUGAAGGAGAGCGUGCAGCUGUACUGCGAGCUCACGGAGGUCAUGGCCGCGCUCAUGGAGCGGUUCCCGGACAUGGAGAGCGCGGACUGCGAGCGCGUGACCGGAGUCUUCUGCGGCCUCGCCAAGCAGAUCGAGGAUCUCGACUCUUUCUACGCGUGCCCGGAGCCAGAGGUCGAGGAGUACGACAUGAGCGCCGCCAGGGCCCUUCCGGCGCCCGCGGAGCCGCCGGCUGCCGUGGAGAAGGAGCCCGAUGCCAGCGAGACGGCGCAUGCUGAGCCGGAGGCUCCGCUGAUCACAACCGACGUGGUCGACGAGGAGGCGGACUUCUUGAACUUGAAGGCGGACGCCAUGUCCGGGGAAGAGCACGGGCGGCAGCUGGCGCUGGCCCUGUUCGACGGCAACCCGGCCGGAUCGGCGCCGACAUGCGACGUGUUCGACCCGUCAUCGGCGGACUGGGAGACGGCGUUGGUCGAGUCGGCGAGCGCGCUCGCGAACCAGCGCGCGAUGCUAGGGGGCGGGCUCGACAUGAUGGCCCUCGAAGGCAUGUACAACCACGCAACGGCGGCGAACGCGCAGGCGUUCUCCGGCAGCGCGAGCAGCGUGGCCUUGCGGCCGCCCGGAGCGCCCAUGCUGGCCCUGCCUGCGCCGCCGGGGAUGUGCAGCGCCGCGCCAGGUGGGGACCCCUUCGCGGCGUCGAUGGUGGUGCCGCCGCCGACGUACGUGCAGAUGUCCGACAUGCAGACGAAGCAGCAGCUUCUGACGGAGGAGCAGAUGGCGUGGCAACAAUAUGGCAAGAAUGGCAUGCAAGGGCAGGGGGGGCUGGCAAUGCGAGAGCAGAGACCGCAGCAGCUCAUGCCUCCUGGCGUUUACCAUCGUGCUUCUUAG